AUGGCGUUUGCUGGGACAAAUAUCAGUUUGUCCCAGCCGGAUAUCACGCAGAAACUAACGGAGCGCAUAGAUGACCUGAAGCAAAAGAUCGCUGCUUGGGGGAAGCGGAUUCGGCGAUUUACCGAGAGGUCAAGGCGGUUCAACCAGAAUCAUCUCUUCCAGAGUGAUCAGAACAGGCUGUAUAAAUCAUUGGAGCGACCAGAGGUAUGUGGAGCGGGCUCAGGACCGGAUCAGGCUAACACUGUCGCAUUUUGGCGUGGUCUGUGGUCAGAGCCCGUAAACCACAGUGAGGGCCCUUGGAUGGAAGUUGUGGCGAGCCAGAGUGCGAGUGUUACGCCUAUGGACCCCGUCACCACAACGCCAGAAGACGUGGCUGAGGCGGUCCGUAGGGCCCCAAACUGGAAAAGUCCGGGGCUCGACGGGCUGCAUCAUUACUGGCUGAAGGGGUGUCACGCUGUGCUCGCCCGACAGUUUCAAGAGGCUCUCGAUCAGAAGUCGCUCCCGAGCCUCUUCACUAUUGUACUGGGAUCACUCACUUAG